ACCCACAAUGCUCUGCCGCGAGGAAGCACAUUUUGUAAACAAUGCUAGAAAGCUAAGGGAGUAAAAUAGAGACAUUAACGGGAGGCUUUUCCAUAUUAGUAGUGUGUCAUAGUUUAUAUUUUAUUUUAAUACAGGAGGUAUAAUUCUUUCAAUAGUAGGUUUAGUUCAUUAACAGAACUGUUUUAUUCCGUUAAUGGGCGGUUUGCACAGGAAUUAGCAUGUUAGCGUUCAUCUGAUGAUCUGUGCUCUGCAGUUGAAGAAAAAGUCAUAUAUGUAUUCGACAUGCUUAUUGAGGUGAUUAAUUAAGGUCAAGCUCUUUUUUCGUGUCAAUGGGGAAACGGAAAGAAAUGAUUCACCCCAGAUUUCUCGCUGGGAGCGGGGAUGAUUAUAACCUGCACAAGAAGAAACACAAGAAGCAUAAGAAGCACAAGAAGAAGCACCAUCAUCACCGUGAAGACGGCCACAGUGUGUCCUCCGAGGCGCUGGAGUCAGACUCAGGGAUGCUGCUGCUCAAACCUCCUCAGCUCAAGCUCAAGAUCAAACUGGGAGGACAGACUCUGGGCACCAAGAGUGUACCCACGUUCACAGUGAUCCCGGACUCUCUGCGCUCAGUGUCGCCUGUGAAUGUGGAGAGCGAUGAUGAUGAAGACCAUGACGAAGACGACUCUGAUGACGACGUGCCGUCAGAGGGAGUUCCUAUUGAGCAGUACAGAGCCUGGCUGGAUGAAGACAGUAACCUGGACCCGUCUCCUGUGCCCGACCUGGACACGGACUCGCUGCUGGGAGGCCCGAUGGAUGAUGAGGAGCGCUGGCUGGACGCGCUGGAGAAAGGAGAGCUGGAUGAUAACGGAGAGCUGAAGAAAGAGAUCGACGAGUCUCUGCUCACAGCCAGACAGAAAGCGCUCUUACAUAAGCAGCAGAGCCAGCCGUUACUGGAGCUCCCCAUGGGAUACAAAGAGAAGGAGCUGACGGCCGAGAUGAUGCAGAAGCGUGAGGAGCGCGCCCGAAAAAGACGCCUGCAGGCCGCCAAGAAGGCAGAGGAGAACAAGAACCAGACCAUCGAGAGACUGACCAAGACCAGCAAGGCCAAGAUCAAGAGCAUGAGGGAGCGCAAGUCCAAGCAGGCGCAGCUGCCCAUGGUGAGGUACAGCAGUAACGCUCAGGGCGCCGCCGUCUCGUACCCCGCCGGGAUCCCCGUCCCGACGCCCGCGGCCCCGCGACUGCCUCCUCCCGCUCCCGUGAGCUGCGGCGUGUCCGGAUGCUCCAACCUGAAGAAAUACUCCUGCUCCAAGACGGGGACGCCGCUGUGCAGCCUGCAGUGCUACAGGAAGAACCUGACGCUGGUGCAGGAAGUGGCUUGAAGAGGUCUGUGUCAAAUAGUGUAUUUAAAAAUAGUUGGUCGAUGCAAUUAUGUUGAACAAAGACAAAAUUAUUUGAUUAAUGAGUGUAAAAUCAUGCUGAAGUUGAUUCAUUUGAUGAAACACAAGCAAUAACACUUUACAGUACGGUCAAAUUUUUUAAUAUUAGGUUUUCUGACCUAACAAUGAAAUUUUUUUACUGCUAUUAUUAUUCAAACUUAAUGUAUAAAUGCACACACACGUUGUUAACUCAUUGUUAGUUUAUUCAUAACAAACUAAUUAAUAUUAAAUUACACAUCAUAAGCCAUUUAAAAUGUAUUAGCAGUUAAUAAGUGCUGUAGACAUAUUUUCAAUUGUUAAUUUAUGAUGUCUAAUAUGUUAACAAAUUUAACCUACUGUAAAGUGUUACCCAGUCAUUUUUAGUUUAUUUUGUGUUUGAUUCAAUUCAAUGUGACAAUUAAGAAUUGCAAAUUAUUUACAAAGGGAUUCUUGAAUAAUGAGGAUGAGUUUCUGUGUUAAAUGGUUGAUAAAACUACUGAAUUUAUUUCUACGUAAAUCAUUCUGUAAAAACAUUGUUGCAUUGAAUUUGAGUAAAGAGAUGUUUUGUAGCACGCUCAUGCUUGCAAUUAAUUAUGUAACAGACAUAUUGUUGAAACUACCCAGACUUAAGCCUUAUUUUUGUAAAAAGACUGAAAUAAAGAACAGUUGAAGUAAA